AUGAUAGUACAACACCACCCUUUAUAUCAAGCGGCAGAAAAGUGUAUAGAUGGAGAAAUCGCUGGUACUUAUAACUACCAUGACUUUUUUCCCACAUGGAACGGGUCACCUUUGGAAUAUAAAACAAUCAUCCGAGAUAUAUUCAAAAUAGAUGGAAAUGGAUUACAAGAAUUCAUUCUAGAAGGAGAUCCCAGGUCGAAGUAUAACGGCUUGGUUUAUCUUCUAGAAGUUUUAAAUCAAGAGAGCCCUACAAAGAAACUACUACGGUUUGUAUCAUCGCUUCCGAUGCUUGAGUAUGAAAUUCGAAGUACCAGAAAGUCUACCAGCAACAGUAGCUCUGCAUCAUGCAAUAAGUUUGACAAAACUCUUUCAAAUUUUAAAUAUGAUAAUGAUUGUUUUGCCAAAAUUGGUAACGACGAAAUAUUGAACACAAUUAACGCCAUAUUGAUACUGUCAAAUACUGAGAAGCUAAUUAAGGGCCUUCAAGAUUUUGCAUUUCGCGAUUAUAUGUUGCUUCAGCAAGAAUUUGACAAAGAGCUUACCUACAAAGCGCAUUUUAAGGAUUAUUUAGUCGAUCCUAUAUGCUCGUUAUUAGUAAAAGCAUUUCGGUUAAAUGCAGAGGUAAAAUAUGCGGUCGCUACAGACUAUAAGGUGAAAUUUCAUGUUUGGCCUGAUAUUUUGAUUGCCCGAGGCAAGCAGGUGUUUUGCACAAUAGAAGUUAAAAAAUACCAGAUGUUGUCGGAGUAUAAUGAAAAUAGUACUGGCAUCGUAGCAGGUAUUAUGAGUCAAGAUAAAAUUCCUGCCUUUAUGAGGCAAUUAAUCGUUCAGAUGGUUUACCACAAGACUAAUAUGGGAGUUCUUACGGAUGCAUAUGAUGUAAUUUUAGUUGAAAUAGAUCUUGAUUACUUUGAUAAGUACAAGGAAAUACUUACAGGCCACAAAGGAUCAAAGGUUAUACCACUCAGGUACAAGGUGUUGAACUGUCGAUCUGCUGCACCGACAUUACGAGAAGGGCUCAUGCACUUUUUCUUCAAGGCUAUUGUGGAUGAUAAUGCUUUAAAAAUUAAGCAGGAGAGAAUGCUUAUUUUCCGUGAAUAUUUACGCAAUACUAUUGAGGAGUUUGAGGCGCAAUUCCUGGCCACAGAGUAUAGUAGUGACAGAAGCUCAAUUGGUAGUCGUCCAAGCACUAGAGACACGGACAUAUCUGAACCUUUACCCAUCAUAGACGAAGGGAUAGAAGAAGAGCAGCAGCUAGAUUUUGAUGAGGCCGACGAUGUAUACAUGCAAAAUGGAGAAUUGUUUAGCUCACAACUUGUGAAGUAUGAAGCUUAUUAUAUGAAGAAAUAUUUACUUUCUCCCGUGGACGAUAAGGAGAAAUUGGUAGCAAAAAUAUAUGAUACUAGAAUGGCAAACACAAUCCACUAUGGAUAUGUAUCGAGCCCUAAAGAAGUAUUGGAACAGUGCCUAAAUGCCUAUAAUUCUGAACGGCUAUUUUGCCAAAUAUUAGCGAACGACCCCGAAUUCAAUAGCUGUUACGUGCAACAUAGAAGAGGAUACAUCAAAGUAACUGUUGAAAAUCAUUAUCUAGCCAAAGGAAACUUUAAUUUAUUCAAAUUUAUCGAAACUGCUACCAUGCCGCGAGAUACAGAAACAUACGUUAAGGCUAAGAACCAAUUGGAAAUCAUACAUCGAAAUGGGAUCAUUCAUGGAGAUAUACGGAAAGCUAACAUCCUCUACACGAAAGAGGGCAAGGUUUUCAUCAUUGAUUUUGCAUCUUCAAUUCCAGAGAACCAAUCCACUGAUGAAAUCAACAAGGAAUCGGAUAAGGCAGCCUUGGAAUUUAUUUUUAAAGAUUACAAUAGAGGUUUUUAG